UCAUUGAAGCCCAAGAGGUGGUCAGUAGCCGUCAUCGGCAGUGGAGUCAUAGGUGUCUCGUAUUAUGUUUACCACAAGAAUAGAGCCAAAUGUGACUUAGAUGUGGAUGAAGUGGUAGACAUUGGGGACACUCUGAGCCUCCAAUCAUUGAACCAAAGCAUUGAAAGCGAAAACUUUAAUUUACGAAGAAUUUGGCUGUACUUGAGGUCGGAUUCAAUGUAUUUACUGAUUGCCAUAACUAGCGCCUUAAUUGUGGCCAUUCUUAACAUCGAGAUUCCGCUGUCGAUCGGAUCCGUAAUGGAUGUGUUGUCGCGGUUUGCCAACGAAGAGAACUCCUCUUUUUGGUCGAACCGGUUCUUCGUUGAGAUGAAAGGACCGGCUCAUCGGGUCUUCCAGUUAUUCGUACUCCAAAGUUUGUUCACAUUUGCUUACAUCUCAUCGCUGGCAGUGGUCGGCGAGAAGGCCGCCUCUCGUAUAAGAAGUGAUUUGUUUGCCUCAAUCAUACGAUUAGACACUUCAUUCUUCGACAUUCAGAAAUCAUCCGAAAUUAUUAGUCGUCUAACCAAUGAUGUCCAGGAAUUCAAGAGCUCUUUCAAGCUCUUUGUGCCCUCAAUGGUCUUUUGUGGCUCUUUUUUGGGUUCAUAUCUUAGACAAAUGUCCAAAGAAUCUCAGGCACAGUCUGCCAAAGCGUCGGGAGUCGCGGGCGAAGCCAUUAGUAAUGUUCGGACCGUUAAAGCGUUUGCAAUGGAGGAAAGUCAGUCCAUUGUGUACGACAGAGAACUGAUGGCUGCAGAAGAAUUAAACAUUAAAUUGGGUUUAGGUAUCGGAGUAUUGCAAGGACUCACAAAUUUGGGACUUAAUUGCAUAGUAUUAGGAACUCUUGUUUACGGCGGAAAACUCUUAUCCAGUGAUGAGAUAAGUGCUGGAAAUUUGAUGUCAUUUUUAGUGGCCACCCAAACCAUUCAGAAAUCACUUUCGCAGUUGUCUCUAAUGUUUGGUCAUUUCAUUCGCGGCACGUCUGCCAUCACAAGAGUCUUCGAGUACAUUGAUAUCAAACCCACUGUUGUCCUCAACACAGGAGUUAUACUCAACAAAGUUGUCGGAGAAAUUGAGUUCAGAAAUGUUGGCUUCUCUUAUCCGACCCGUUCUGGACAUAAAGUUCUCAAAGAUUUUAAUCUAAAACUAAUUCCUGCGAAAGUGACGGCAAUUUGCGGCCAUUCGGGCGAAGGAAAGUCAACGAUUGCCUCACUCUUAGAAAGGUUUUAUGACAUCGAUUACGGUUCCAUCACUUUGGAUGGCUGUGACAUCAAGACAUUGGAUCCGAAUUGGCUCAGACGCCAUGUAAUCGGAUUCAUCAAUCAGGAGCCCAUUCUGUUCGGCACAACAGUCAUGGAAAACAUACGAUUCGGAAAACCGGAAGCAACUGAUGAGGAGGUGAUGAGUGCGGCCAGACUGGCAAACGCACACAACUUCAUCACUGACUUUCCCGACGGCUACCAGACUAUUGUUGGCGAGCGUGGGGUCACUGUAUCUGGCGGUCAGAAACAAAGAAUAGCAAUCGCGAGGGCUCUCAUUAAGAACCCAAAUGUACUGAUUCUCGAUGAGGCGACUUCCGCUUUGGACACAGAGUCCGAGGCUUUGGUUCAGGAGGCGCUCGAAAAGGUGAUGAAAAACAGAACGGUGUUGGUAAUCGCCCACCGCUUGAGUACAAUACAAAAUGCAGAUAUGAUUGCAGUCAUCUCGAAGGGAAGGCUCGCAGAGAUCGGAACCCAUUCACAACUCAUCAAAGAGAAGGGUUUGUAUUGGAAUCUAAUUCGACAGCAAUUCGAUGCAAGCGAUGAUUAAUAGUCACAAGUUUUAGUUAAAUCAAGUUAUCGG